AUGAACAGCGAGAAUAUACGAAUUCGGCGAACCUCCUCUGCCAGAAUGGAAGCAUAUGUCGUGGAAAUAAAUAUCAAGGCAGCGAGCAAAGUGUUAAAGUUACUGGAGUCCAAAUUCCCCAAGGAUCCAUCGCUAUCACUCACGCAUUUGCGCCGCUUCGUGAAACCGGAAUUUCUACCAGGACACCUAAAAAGGGGUUCCGCUUCAGCAGUAGCAGCGGCAGAGGGAGCUGUAACUGCGGGAUCCAAAGCCCCAGAAACUAUCUACAUCCUCAUCCCACCGCCAUUGCCUGAUAUUUCCCUUCUAGAAUCCCUCCUGGCACCAUAUGCACCCAUCUCAGGGUCCACAGGCCCUUCAUCUUCUCCUGAUGUAGAAUCGAUAGAACCAAUCCCGCAAUUUCCUAUUCAAAUCCAAUCAACUCGCAUCCCCCUUUCUCCUCCAGCCACCGAGGAAGAAUCAGCGACAUGGUCGCGCACACUAUGGCCGACCAUCUUCAAUCCUGCUGCACACCCAGUCGCGCACUCGCCCCGUGGCCCCUUGCUGCUGAAUGCCCAAGAGUCUGUGUCCCGCAGGGCCGGCAGCUAUCUAGCUCUGGCGAGCAAAGUUGCCCUGGAGGCGAAGCGGAAUGGACGAGGACGGGCUGUCGGUGCAGUGGUGGUUGAUCCCGCGUUGGCGGAAUUGGCUGAUCCUUCGGAUGAGAUUGCUGGUGUUGUAGUCGUAGCGGGGGAUGCGAGGUACUGGAAUAGGGGAAGUAAAGGGGAAGGGUGUUCGGAAUAUGUUCCUUUGAAGAAGAGUGUUGAAAAUACCGAAGGCGAGGGGACAGCAUCAUCGUAUAAUCCGGACAAUGAGGGACAACCGGAUCGCCAUGCGCUGAUGCGCGCCAUAUCGCUUGUCGCCUAUAAGCGCCUUAUUUCGUCGACGUCUCCCACAAUAACGCCCUCGAUAUCUAGAGACUCACCCCCGACGCGGGGGGCUCUAUCAUCAACUCCCGGCCCUACACCCAUUGCAGCACCCUCUACAAAUCCUUCAACAGCCUCCCUACCCCCACCCACGAAGCCCAAACCGUCGCCACCUUCCGUUACAUCCCAGCCAAUCCAAUCAACCACUCAACCACAACUGCCUUCUCCCCCACCCAGCCCCCUAGAAUCCCACUUCCUCUCUCUCCCCAACAUCCAAGCUCGCACACAGGGUGGCUACCUCUGCACAUCGCUUGACCUAUACAUAACCCACGAACCCUGCGUGUGCUGUGCGAUGGGCAUGCUGCUCUCCCGGUUCCGGGCUGUGGUGUAUUUGCAAGCCACGGGCCCUGGGAGGGCAGAUGCGGCGCUGGAUCCGUAUACAGGGUACGGAUUGCAUUGGAGGCAAGAGUUGAAUUGGAGGGCGGUGGGGUUUCGGUUUUGCCUUGAGGAAGAGGAAGGAGAGGAAAGGCUGGGGUUGGAAAGGGGGUUGUUUCAUGCCUGA